AUGGAUUCUCAUCGUGAAUUAACAGUAAGAGCUGCACGCAUUCGUCAAGCCAACAUCUUGAUCCAUCCAGUUGUUGGAUUAACCAAACCAGGCGAUAUCGAUCAUUAUACAAGAGUGAGGGUUUAUCAAACAAUAAUGACAAAAUAUCCAAAUGGUAUGGCAGCUUUAGGGUUAUUGCCAUUAGCUAUGAGAAUGGGAGGUCCACGUGAGGCAUUAUGGCAUGCAAUUAUCAGAAAAAAUUUUGGCGCAACACAUUUUAUCAUUGGUAGAGACCAUGCAGGACCUGGUAAAAAUAGCGAUGGUGAAGAUUUUUAUGGUGCAUAUCAAGCUCAGGAAUUGGUUGCCAAGUAUAAAGAUGAAUUAAAAAUUGAAGUUGUACCAUUUCAAAUGGUAACAUAUUUACCAGACUCCGAUGAAUAUGUACCAAUUGAUGAAAUACCUCCUGAUACAAAUACACUUAAUAUUUCAGGUACUGAAUUACGCAGGAGAUUACGUACAGGUGGACAUAUCCCAGAAUGGUUUUCAUAUCCAGAAGUGGAUUCACCUUAUUCUUGA